AUGUUUCUAUUUUUAUUUUUGCCAUUCCUCCGCCGCCCCCUCUUCUUUGCCUACUUGGGGAGCUCUAGUGAGAUGCCGUGGAGAAAGCUGGACGCCGGAAAGCAGCCCCGCAAGGAAAAGGCUGAGCUUCCCCUUGCGCGUACCGACGCCGAAGACGAGGCGUCUCUGGCGAAUAAGCGGUACCAGGACGUGGAGGAGCGUCGGUUAAAGGAAUGGGAAAACUACCAGCGCAGCCAUCGCUCGACCGAGGAGCAGCAAUCAUCUCGCGCAUUCCUUGACAUAUCCAUUGGUGAUGUCCUGGCCGGUCGACUAGUUUUGGAGCUCUUUGAGGAUACGGCCCCUAACACGGUGCACAACUUCCGAGCACUAAUUACGGGCUCCUGCGGCGUGGACCCCACCACCGGCGUCAGACUCGACUACCUGGACACGCCGGUGCACGGCGUGGAUCAUGCAAAAAAGCUCAUUCUCCUCGGUGAGUUGGAAUCCCUUAACGUCUCCUCCACCGGCAGCCCUCUUCAGGACGAGGGGUACCGCAAACGCCACUCUGAGCGGGGGCUGCUUACCAUGAUUACCGACGGCCCGCACACAAGCGGCUCUGUUUUCGGUAUCACCUUGGGUCCCUCUCCCUCUCUUGAUUUUAAACAAGUUGUCUUUGGGAGGGCCGUUGACGAUCUCACGCUGCUGGACAAGCUCGAGAGCCUUCCGCUCGAUGCUAUUGGCCGACCUCUUGUGCCAGCUGUCGUCACUUUUUGCGGCGCAUUGACGGGUCCCAAGCCGUCCGGUGCCCCCACCUCCAUGCGGGAGACCAAUGGGAUCACAACUGGCGGAAACACCGUUGAAGGCGCAGAAGCUUGA